AUGUUUCCUGUGAUAAACAAAGUUCUUGUAAAUAUGGCCCAAAAUUUGGAUUCAUCAUGUGGAUUUCGCUAUCGCCGUAUAGGAAUAUUGGGUUUUGGUCAUCUAGGACAAUUUUUAUGUAAUCAAUUGGAACGAGAACAGUUAAAACCAAAUCGAGAAUUUGAAUUAGUAUUUAUUUGGAAUCGUUCGUUUAAUAUAUUCAAAAAAUAUCCAGAUGUUAAUCAACAAUUAAUUGUUCAUACAAUACAAGAAGGUUUACAACGUUUACCUGAUUUAGUUAUUGAAGUCGCACAUCCAGAGGUCAUUGAAAAGUAUGGUAUUCAAAUUCUCGACGUUUGUGAUUUAUUUGUUGGUUCACCGACUGCUUUUGCGAACGAACAUUUGGAAAAACAAUUAUGUAAAAAAACUGUGGAUUCAUCGCAUUCAAUUUAUAUUAGUAGUGGUGCAUUUUGGGGUGCCGAAGAUAUUUUGAAAAUGUCUGAAAGAAAUAUUCUUAAAUCAUUAUGUAUAACAAUGAAAAAACAUCCAGACUCGUUUAAACUUAAUGAACCAUUGAGGACAAAAUUAAUGGAAAAUUUAGAAAAUGAAGGCGAAGUGGUAUUGUAUCAUGGUCCUGUACGUCAAUUAUGUUCUUUAGCACCGAAUAAUGUCAAUACAAUGGCUAUUGGUGCUUUAGUGGCGUCAAACUUGGGUUUUGAUGGUGUUCAAGGAAGUCUAGUUGCUGACAAAUCAUUAAUCGAUCGACAUAUUGUAGAAAUUGAGUUGUCGGGUCCCGAUUCUCCUGAUAAAAAUAAGCCAUCGUUUCAUUGUAAAACAAUUCGGACAAAUCCAGCUGAUAUUGGACAUGUGACGGGUUCUACUACACUAAUAUUGCUAAAUUAUUUCAUUAUGUCAUCGUCAACAAAUUCUUCAUCAACUACUAAAAGUGUUCCGUCAUUAAAACGAAAAGUUCAAACUCCACAAACCUCAUCAUUACCAUCAACGCUAGUCAAAGUGCCAAAACAAGAACAACAAUUAAAAUCACAACGUACUCUCGGUAUACCAGAAGAUGAUAUUAUUCGUUCUCGUCUAUUAUAUGAAGGUGAUAUGGGUAUUGAUGAUCGACGUAUUUUAACAUUAAUGAAAACGUAUCAUCGAUGGUUUCAAGAUUCAUCAUCAUCAAUAGUUGAUGAUUCAUUUGAAAAAAUUCUCGCAUCAUUAUAUGCUAUUGAACAUUCUUAUACUCUAUCACAAACAACAUUAAAAAUGGAUAAAUAUGAACAACAAUGUUAUGAACAAAAAAAUUUAUUUAUUCUAAAACAUUUAGAAAAAUUACGUCUUGAAUUAGAUUUAAAUGAAAAACAUUUGAUUAAAGCAAAAGAAAAACGUUUACAUCUAUUGGAAUAUGAUCGAAAAUGUAUUGAUAUUGAAAAAUAUCCAACACGAAAAGAAUUAAAAACACAAAUACAAUCUGUUCUUGAACGAAAACAAUAUUUUGAACGUUUAUUGACAACAUUUGAUUCCACAUAUCAUUUACGAUUAAAACAAAUUGCCAUUUAUAUGAAACCGAUAUUUGAAUUAGAUUUGAUAUUAAAAGAGGAUACAUUAUCUGUUGGGUCGGAUACUGAAGAAGAACAACAGUUAACUAAUACAAAAACAUCUACAACGAUAAUAACUACAGAAAAAUUAAAUAAACAACAAAAUAAACAAUCAAAAACAUCGAAUACAACAACAUCAUCGAAAAUUUCGUCACAUAAACGAUCAAAUUCUGAAUCAUCAGCCAGUAUAGAAGAUGAUGUAAUACCAUCAAAUAAAAAUAAAAAAGCCAAAAAACAAAGUCUCCUAUUGCCAACAACAACAAUUCAAGAUCAAAAUUCGAACAUAAUAGUACCGUUAUUCAGUAAUGAUCUUGAAUUAUUUGGAACGGUAUUAGUAAAUCCAUUAGACAAAAUGUUAGAGAAAUAA